AUGACCCAGCAGUCUCUGUUUUCUCCUGCGAGCUCAAGUGGUCCCUACCAACAGCAAGCGGGCAACCCGGCUGGGUAUUCUGCUCAAGCCUGGCACCCAUCACAAACCUCCCCAGCCGCCACAUCGGAGGCGCCCUUCAACAGCUAUCAUCCAACUCCUCCUAUCAAACCUGAGGAGCCAUAUGGCCAGCAUGCACCGACGCCCGCCGUCCAUGGCUUGCCCGCCUCCGACGCUGCUGAACAAGCGCAAAAUGCAGCAGCACCCAUGUCUCCUCAAUCCGAAAACGGCUGGAUGUCAGGCUCAUCUUCUGAUCACACAGAGAAAGUUUCUAAGAGGGAGGGCAUCCCCUUUUUCGUUGACAAUCCCCCUCGUCUUCGACCGGAUGGUGUGAGGAAGAAGAACGCUCGCUUCGACAUACCGGAGGACAGGAAAGUUGACACAAUCGACAGAAUCAUUCUUCAGACCGACCCAGGCAACGAGACCCUGUUGAAGGAAUUGAAGCAGCAAAAGCGACUACUGAGGAACAGGCAAGCAGCCCUAGACUCUCGUUGCCGAAAGAAGGAACACACAGCAAAGCUCGAAGAAGAGCGCAAGAUCCUUUGUACUAAUAUGGAGGUCAUGGAAGAGGAGCUUGGUCACCGGCGUCAACAAGAGCAAAUGUGGAUGCAUGAGCGAGCACAGUGGCAAGCCGUGUUCGAACGUCUUAACAUGGAGAAGGAAGAGCUCGUCCGCCAGCAUACUCUCGAGACUGCCGAAUUACGAAAGAAGAACAACAUCCUUUUAGAAGAUGUCCAGCGCCGAAGCAGCCUGUCGAUGUCUACCGUGCCAAGCUCAGCCGGAUACUCGAGCACCUUCUCCGAAUUCGAUCACCUGUCCAUCAAUGAAAGCCCAACUUGGGAAGAUUUUUCGCUUCUUAGCUCCCUUCCCGAAAACGAGGCGUCACCGCAACCUCAUACCCAGGGCAAUGCCCAUAACCACGAAGCUGCUGCGGCAGGUAAGGACGAGGAGAAAUCUGCUGCUUCGGGUCUUCUGUUUAUGCUUCUUCUUUGUGGAGCUUGGGUCGCUUCGAAGGGGGCCUCAAGUGCUGCGGCUGUGCCUCAGAUGCCUGACGAGGUCAGAGCAGCCUCGACUGCCGUCCUCGAUAACAUCUAUAAAGAUGCUGGACUUCAGACUUCGAACGUUCAUGCUGGCGACUUGAAUCAGAUUAGGCCUUAUCCUCAGCAAGACGGCCACACGGGUGGAUCUCUGCACCCUACAAGUGACCCUUUCAUGACAUUCCAUCAACUUACUGGACCAACACAUCAGCAGCAGCGCGAGGAGGCUUUCUCCCUUUCUGCUACGCAGUACAAUGCGAUCACGACUGAUGAUAAUUCUUAUUCCACGACUCCGCAGUCCUCACCAAAACCUCGACGCAACCUUCAUGAGGCAUUAGUGAACAUGCGUGCUGUAAAGAAGGGCACAGCCUCAGAAACUUACGCCAAGAGCCUCCUGUGGGAUGAAGUUCCGCUUAACGUAGUCAGAGAUUUUGCUAGAAUGGUUGGCGAGAGGAAUACAGAACCUCUUAGCUGA